AUGGAUAUAUCCGACAGUAAUUCAACAGAAUCUUCAGUAAUAUAUGAAACUGAACAGACACGAUAUCUUAAAUUCGGUGUUUUUGCUAUUCUUGAACCACCGGCUUUGAUUUGUAACUACGUUCUUAUUCAUUAUCUCAUUACUGAUCGAACAUUAAGACAUAUGCUUCAAUAUCAUGCUAUUUUAGCAUUACUUAUAGUUAGUUUAUUAACGAAUCUCGUCGAAGUACCACGUAUCUUAAAUUAUUUACGUCUUAAUAUUGUUCUACCACAAACUAACAUAAACUGUUUAAUAUGGCAAUGGUGUGAUUAUUUACUUUUUAGUGCAAUGAAUGUUUUAAUGCUUUGGACAUCCAUAGAGCGUCAUAUAUUCAUUUUUUAUAGCCAUCUACAUACUACUGCUAAGAAUCGUUUAUUUUUUCAUUAUUUACCAUUUAUAGUAAUCAUUACUUAUCUUGUUCUCUUCUAUACUGUAGCAAUAUUUAUUUAUCCAUGUGAACAACAAUUCGAUUUUACUCAGCCUUUGUGUGGCUUUCCAUGUUAUACAACUCAUCCAAUCAUUUCAUUCUAUGAUCUAUUUGCUCAUACCUACUUUCCACUAUUUCUUGAUCUAUUACUUGACAUCAUACUGGUCAUACGAGUAUUUUAUCGGAAACGAGUUGGUUUGGGACAACAUCGUACACAAUGGCAAAAACGUGAUAACAAAUAUUUAGUUGGAAUGUCUUCUACGACUAUGUUUUUCUUAUUUUUCUUCGUUCCUACUGUAUUAAUGUAUACAAAUACACCUACUGAUUAUGAUCUUUAUGGAAGUAAAAUCAGUAUAAAUGAUAUAUUUUUAAUCGAGGCUGAUAAUGUAUAUCAGGAAUGGUAUCCUACACUAUUUCCAUAUACAGAGGCUUCCGGCUGCGAUCUAUAUUUUAGUGCAAUGACAUGUCAAUUUGUUUAUAGUGUUAUUGCCACUCCGUCAAAUAAUUUAUCAUUUGUUUACAAUUGUAUUAAUUCUCAAGGAAAUAAUGUUAUAGGUUUUUAUGCAAGCAAUCAAACUUGUAACUUUCAAUUGAUAGAUGAACGAAUUAUAUCAAAUUAUUCAACACAAGAUAAUUUUUUAAUUGAUUUCAAUGGUGAUGGUACGGGUAUAUAUGGUAUUGCUGAUGAUUUCAUAUUUUAUUAUCAAAUAUACCCAACUAUUGACUUAUUUGUUUGGCCAAAUACAUUGGGUAUAUCUCCACGAGGAAUGCAUAUUGGUGCAAAUCAAGAUUAUGCUGUUGUUGCUGGAUAUUGUCAAAUAUCAACAUCAGUUGCAAAUGAAUGUGGUUUUCUCAUUCGAUUAAACACAUC